GCUCUCACUCUCCUGUGGUCCUUGACCUCUUUAUGUUCUCUUAUCACUUUCUCAAUUUCUUUAUAUCUCUAAGUGUCUCUAUACACCGAAACAUUUUCUUGCAUCUCCUCGUUUCUUCUCUUCUGGUUGCUUCUUUUACAUCUUGAUCUCUUCUCUUCCUUCUUUUACAUCUUCAACGCAAUACAAAACUUGUGGGAUAAAUACGAACCCUCUAUUUCUACUAAUAUAUAGCUUCCCUCUUUUUCAGCCUUAUUAAUAUCACAUUUCUUUUUCUAUAUUCAUCUCUUAUUUACUUGUUCAAUCCAGAGACAGAGAGAAAGCACGCAACUUAAGGGUUAAUUUCUUACAACAUUAAUUGUAGUGUUAUACUAAUCAAAAAGUAAAAAAAAAAAACCUACAAGAAAAUGUCUAACAGGAGAUCAAGGCAAUCUUCCAGUGCUCUAAGGAUUUCCGAUGACCAGAUGAUCGACCUUGUUAGUCAGCUUUGUCAGCUUUUGCCAGAGAUUCGUGAACGACGCCGUUCUGAUAAGGUGUCAGCAUCAAAGGUACUUCAAGAGACAUGCAACUACAUAAGAAAGCUGCAUCGAGAAGUUGAUAAUCUCAGUGAACGUUUGUCGCAGCUCCUCGACUCCGUUGAUGAAGAUAGCCAUGAAGCUUCCGUCAUUAGAAGCUUGCUCAUGUAACCUUCCAAUAUAUGUACUUCUUAUAACUUUUACAAUAUAUAUUUAUUAUAUUUGUAAUCGUGAUUGUCCUUAAUAUAUUUAUUAUAAACUUCUGAAUUUUCGUC